UCGUCGAGCGUGGGCCAGGCUAACUUCCUCAGCGAGCUGCGCUUCGUCAAGAAACUGCUCUCCGACUUCCCGGUGGUGCCCACGGCCACGCGCGUCGCCAUCGUCACCUUCUCGUCCAAGAACAACGUGGUGCCCCGCGUGGACUACAUCUCGCCGCCGGCCUGGGCCCAGCAGCCGCCGCAGCACAAGUGCUCCCUGCUCAGCCGGGAGAUCCCGGCCAUCGGCUACCGAGGGGGCGGCACCUACACCAAGGGCGCUUUCCAGCAGGCGGUGCAAAUACUGCUUCACUCCCGAGCAAAUGCUACCAAGGUGAUAUUCCUUAUAACGGAUGGCUAUUCCAAUGGAGGAGACCCCAGGCCUAUUGCAGCCUCCUUGCGUGAAUUUGGAGUAGAGAUCUUCACAUUUGGGAUAUGGCAAGGCAACAUCCGAGAGCUGAACGAUAUGGCUUCCCAUCCAAAGGAAGAACAUUGUUAUUUGCUCCACAGUUUUGCAGAGUUUGAAGCUUUAGCUCGCAGAGCCCUUCAUGAAGAUCUUCCUUCUGGUAGUUACAUUCAAGAGGACAUAUCCCAUUGCUCCUAUCUUUGUGAUGGGGGCGGAAACUGCUGUGAUAUCAUGGCAAGCUGCAAAUGUGGUACCCACACAGGGCAAUUCGAGUGCAUCUGCGAAAAAGGAUACUAUGGCAAAGGGCUUCAACAUGAAUGCACAGUCUGUCCAUCAGGGACCUACAAACCUGAAGGUUCACCAGGUGGAAUUAGUACCUGCAUCUCCUGUCCUGAUGAGAAUCACACCUCCCCACCAGGAAGUACCUCUGCUGAGGACUGCAUAUGCAAGGAAGGCUAUCGCUCCAGAGGCCAGACUUGUGAAGUGGUGCACUGCCCUGUGCUGCAUCCGCCUGAAAAUGGGUAUUUUGUCCAGAAUGUCUGCAACAAUCACUUCAACGCUGCAUGUGGAAUCCGAUGCAAAACAGGAUUUGACCUUGUGGGAAGCAGCAUUCGACUCUGCCAGCCAAAUGGCUUGUGGUCUGGUUCAGAAGCAACAUGCAGGGUUCGGACAUGUCCCAAACUCUUUGCUCCUCAAAAUGGGCAUAUUAAUUGCUCAUUAAGUGAGAUCUCGUAUAAGACUGUAUGCUUAGUGACCUGUGCUGAGGGCUAUAAACUUGAAGGCAACUCCAAACUUACCUGUCAAGGAAACGCACAGUGGGAUGGGAAGGAACCAAAGUGUGUGGAAAUGCAUUGCCCGGUCUUCCAGAAACCAAAACAUGUGAUUGUUCACCCACAUAUUUGUGGGCUUCAGCUUUCCAAGUAUGGAACUUUGUGCAGGUUCAGUUGCCCUAAUGGAUUCCUUUUGACUGGGAUCAGAGAAGAAUUAAGGUGUUUAACUACUGGGAGGUGGACUGAAGAUGUGCAGAAUGCUUUCUGUAAAGAUAUCGAACCUCCCAAAAUUACCUGCCCUGGUGACAUUAAAACUACUACUCUUGAACACCAGAACUCUGCAAAUAUUACCUGGCAGUUUCCAGAUGCAAGUGAUAAUUCUAGAGAUGAGGUUUCAAUUCAGGUUACUCCUGCUUUUACACCACCUUACCUUUUCCCAAUUGGGGAAGUUGGCAUCACAUAUACAGCAACUGACAGAUCUGGAAACAAGGCAAGCUGCACUUUCAGCAUCAUUGUUAUUGACAUCGAACCUCCAGUAAUCGAUAAAUGCAGAUCCCCACCACAAAUUCAGACAACUGAGAAGGAGUACAGAGUAACAUGGGAGGAGCCACAGUUUUCAGAUAACUCAGGAAUGGCUUUAACAAUAACUAAAAGCCACUCACCUGGAGAUCUCUUUCGCAAAGGGGAGACAGUGGUUCAGUAUACUGCAACAGACUCAUCUGGAAAUAACAGGACCUGUGAGCUCCACAUUGUCAUCAGAGGCUCACCCUGUGAAAUUCCCUUUAGCCCCGUGAAUGGGCAUUUUAAAUGCACAGAAGAUGAGACAGGAGUUAAUUGCACAUUGUAUUGCAUGGAUGGAUAUGACAUCACAGCAGGUUCCAAUGAAAACUAUUACUGUGCCUAUGCAGAUGGCAUUUGGAAUCCUCCCUACUCUGCUGAGUGGCCUGACUGUGCUUUGAAUCGUUUGGCAAAUCAUGGUUUCAAAUCCUUUGAGAUGCUGUACAAAGCAACACGAUGUGAUGACAGCAACCUUCUUAAAAAUUUUGUGGAGGCUUUUCAGAGUGCACUUGGUAAAAUGGUUCCAUCAUUUUGCAAUGAUGUUGAUGACAUUGACUGUAGACUUGAGGAUUUUCCACAGAAACAUUGCUUAGAAUAUAAUUAUGACUAUGAAAAUGGCUUUGCAAUUGGUCCUGGUGGUUGGGGUGCUGCAAAUCGGCUAGAUUAUUCUUACGAUGAUUUCCUUGAAGCAGUUCCUGAAAUGGAACAACCUAAACCACUGUUGGGCUCCAUGGCACACACCCGGAUCAAAAGACACAAAAAAAUGAAUGUGCCAAUGACUGACCACAAAAUAAAGCUAGUUUUUAAUAUCACCGCUAGUGUACCAUUGCCUGAUGAACGGAACGAUACACUGGAAGCAGAAAACCAGGUGCGUCUUCUAAAAACACUGGAGACCAUCACAAACAGGCUGAAGAGGACCCUCAAUAAGGACCCCAUGUACUCUUUUCAGUUUUCUUCCGAAUUGCUUGUAGCUGACACCAACUCCCUGGAAGCUGAAAAAGCCUUCCUGUUUUGCAGGCCAGGCUCUAUCCUAAGGGGCCGGAUGUGUGUUAACUGUCCUUUGGGCACAUAUUACUCUCUGGAGCAUCAUGCAUGUGAAAGUUGCUGGAUUGGAUCUUACCAGGAUGAGGAAGGGCAGUUAGAAUGUAAGAAUUGCCCAUCUGCUACCUACACUGAAUAUCUCCAUUCCAGAAGUGUAUCAGAAUGUAAAGCUCAGUGCAAGCCGGGAACCUAUUCUCCAAAUGGCCUUGAGAUCUGUGAAUCAUGUCCUCUUGGCAAAUAUCAGCCUACAACUGGAUCUAAGAACUGCAUUUCUUGCCCAGAAAACAUGUCAACAGUCAAGCGAGGAGCUGUAGACAUAUCAGCAUGUGGAGUCCCUUGUCCAGCUGGAGAAUUCUCUCGUUCUGGUUUAAUGCCUUGUCAUCCCUGCCCCAGGGACUAUUAUCAGCCUGAUCCAGGAAAGUCCUACUGCCUCUCUUGUCCAUUUUAUGGAACUACCACCAUGACUGGUGCCAGAUCCAUAACAGACUGCUCAAGUUUUGGCUCUACUUUCGCUGCAGCAGAGGACAGUGUAGUGAUGCCAGUUGCUCCAGAAAAUAUCAGCAAGAACCACAAAGUCAGCAGCCAGGUGUUCCACGAAUGUUUCCUGCAACCAUGUCAUAACAGAGGAACUUGCAAACAACUUGGAAGUGGGUACAUCUGUAUGUGCCCACAAGGAUUUGAAGGCUUAAAAUGUGAACAGCAGAUUGAUGAGUGCAAGUCAUCCCCCUGUCUGAACGAAGGGAUUUGCAAGGAUGGCCUUGCAACAUUCAUUUGCCAGUGUCAGCCAGGCUACUCAGGCUUAAGAUGCGAAGAAGAUAUAAAUGAGUGCAGUUCCAAUCCCUGCCUGAAUGAAGCAGUUUGUGUGGAUGGUAUCAAUUCUUACCAGUGCACCUGUGCAGAAGGAUUCACAGGUACUCAUUGUGAAACAGAGAUCAAUGAAUGUCUUUCAAACCCCUGUUUAAACAAAGCUACCUGCGAAGAUCAGAUUGGUAGUUUCCUUUGCAAGUGCCCUACUGGGUUUAUUGGUGUCUUGUGUGAAAAAAACAUUAAUGAAUGUCUCAGUAGACCAUGCAAAAAUGGAGCCACAUGCAAAGAUGGUAUCAAUGGCUACAGAUGUCACUGUGCUGCAGGAUACACAGGGAUUCAGUGUGAAGUCAACAUCAAUGAAUGUGAAUCCAAUCCCUGUGCAAACCAAGCAACCUGUGUGGAUGCCUUGAACUCGUACAUUUGUAAAUGUCCCCCUGGCUUUACAGGCAGCAGGUGUGAAACAGAACAGUCUUCUGGAUUCAAUCUGGAUUUUGAAGUCUCUGGGAUCUAUGGCUAUGUUAUGCUUGACAGUGUCCUCCCCUCAUUAACUGAGAUCACAUGUGCAUUCUGGAUGAAAUCUUCGGAUGCUACUAAUUACGGGACUCCAAUUUCUUAUGCAGUGGAAAAUGGAAGUGACAAUGCAUUUCUGCUUACAGAUUACAACGGAUGGGUUCUUUAUGUGAAUGGGAAGGAGAGCAUUACAGAUUGCCCUUCUGUGAAUGAUGGCAACUGGCAUCACAUUGCUGUCACCUGGACAAGCAUCAAUGGGGCCUGGAGAGUGUAUAUUGAUGGAAAGUCCUCAGAUGGAGGCAGCGGCUUAUCUGUAGGCUCCGAAAUCCCUGGUGGUGGAGCAUUAGUUCUUGGUCAAGAACAGGACCAAAGAGGAGAAGGAUUUAAUCCAGCUGAGUCUUUUGUUGGUUCAAUCAGCCAGCUCAAUAUUUGGGGUUAUGUUCUCUCCCCAGAACAGGUGAAGUCCUUGGCUACUUCCUGUCCAGAGGAUCUCCAAAAGGGCAACAUACUAGCCUGGCCAGAUUUUCUUCCUGGGGUUGUUGGAAGAGUGAAGAUAGAUUACAAGAGCAUAUUCUGUUCUGAUUGCCAGUCCUUAGAAGGCUCCAUACCUCACCUGAGAACUUCAUCUGCGGCUUUAAAGCCAGGAUCAAAGGUCUCCCUCUUCUGUGACCCAGGCUUCCGCAUAGUGGGGAAUUCUGUCCUGCAGUGUCUAAAUUUAGGACAGUGGGCACUACCUCUUCCACACUGUGAAAGGAUUCGCUGCGGAGUGCCUCCACCUUUAGAAAAUGGCAUUUACACUGCUGAGGAUUUCGUUGCUGGAAGCACCGUUACCUACCAGUGCAACAGUGGCUACUACUUGUUGGGGGACUCGAGGAUGCUUUGCACAAACAGUGGCAGUUGGACGGUUAUUUCACCAUCUUGCCUUGAUGUUGAUGAAUGUGCAGUUGGUUCGGACUGCGACCCACACGCCUCCUGCCUUAACACAAAUGGGUCCUACAUAUGCACCUGCAUUUACCCAUAUAGUGGUGAUGGCAAGAAGUGUGCAGAACCAGUAAAAUGCAAACAUCCAGGAGACCCUGAACAUGGCCACUCUCAUGGCAACAGUUACAGUGUUGGUAGCGAAAUCAGUUUCUCCUGUGACAAGGGCUACCAGCUGAAAGGAGUGAAUAAAGUUACAUGUUUGGAGUCUGGGGAAUGGAGCCACUUGAUUCCAUACUGUGAAGCUGUUUCCUGUGGUAUCCCAGUCAUUCCUCAAAAUGGUGCAAUUGAUGGAUCCAAUUUUACAUAUGGUAGCAAAGUGAUCUACAGGUGUGACAAGGGAUAUGUUUUGAAGGGUGAAGAAGAAACGGUGUGUCUGGCCAGUGGCAGGUGGAAUGAUUCUUCUCCAUUUUGUGAAUUAGUAAAAUGUUCCAUCCCAAAGGAAAUAAACAAUGGAAUGUAUACAAUGAGCGGCAUGACGUACCUUUCUAAUAUCUCAUACACCUGUGACACAGGUUACAGGUAUUACACAUUAAUUGGCCCUGAAACUGUGGAAUGUUUGGCAAGUGGCAAAUGGAACCUGGACCACCAACAGUGUGUGGCUGUUUCCUGUGAUGAACCACCCCCCGUGGAUCAUGCUUCUCCGGAGAGUGGCCAUCGGCUGUUUGGCGAUGUCGCGAUCUACUACUGCUCCGAUGGGUACAGCUUAGCAGGCAAUGCCCAGUUACUCUGUAAUGCUCAGGGGAAGUGGGUGCCCCCUGCUGGCACAGUUAUUCCAGAGUGUGUAGCUGACUUCUGUGAAAGACCACUCUCCGUGUCAUACAGCAUUCUGGAAUCCUCAAACAAGGCCAAGUUUGCCGCCGGGUCAACUGUGAGCUUCAAGUGCAUGGAGGGCUUUGUCUUAAAUACUUCUGCUAAGAUUGAGUGUGUGCGGGGAGGCCAGUGGAACCCUUCCCCAUUGACCAUCCAGUGCAUUCCUGUUCGCUGCGGAGAGCCAGCAAGCAUUGCAAAUGGCUAUGCGAUUGGCACGAAUUACAGUUUUGGGGCAAUCGUAGCUUACAGCUGCACUCGGGGAUACUAUAUCAAAGGAGAAAAGAAGAGGACGUGCGAAGCAACAGGAACUUGGAGUGGGACUAUGCCUGCUUGUCACCCGGUGUCCUGUGGAGAGCCACCUAAACUUGCACAUGGAGAAAUCGAGAACAUAACAGGACGUUUCUUUGGAAGUGAAGUGAAAUACCAGUGCCAUCCUGGUUACCAGAUGAUAGGAAGCCCAGCAUUAUUUUGCCAAGCCAAUCGUCAAUGGCACGGUGAAGCGCCUCCUUCCUGCAAGCCCCUCAAUUGUGGGAAGCCACCUCCUCUCCGUCAUGGAUUCAGCAAAGGAGAAAGCUUUGAGGUGGGAGCCAACAUCAAGUUUUUUUGUGAUGAAGGCUAUGAGCUACUAGGAGAUGCCUCUUGGACCUGUCAGAAGACUGGGAUGUGGAACAAAAAGCAGAACCCCAGAUGUGUCCCAACCAAGUGUCCAGAGCCGCCACUCAUUGAGAAUCAGCUUGUCCUGAAAGAGAAGGCAGAUCAAGUAGGGGUGGUGCAGUUUUCGUGCAAAGAAGGCUUUGUUCUGAAUGGUGCCUCUGUACUCAAAUGUUUGUCAACACAGAGGUGGAAUGAUUCUUUCCCCGUCUGCCAAGUGGUGCAGUGCCGUAGGCCUCCGUAUAUUCCUUUUGGGGACCCCGUGGGGUCUUCUCUUCAUUUUGGGAGCACAGUGAGCUAUACGUGCAUGGAUGGUUUUUUCCUGAAGGGCAUUUCCACUAUUCAUUGCCAAGCAGAUGGUGCAUGGAGCUUACCCCUUCCAGAAUGCAUUCCAGUGGAGUGCCCGCAGCCGGAGGAAAUUCAGAAUGGUAUUGUGGAUGUACAAGGCCUUACCUAUCUCAGCACUGCUGUAUAUAACUGUAAGCCAGGCUUUGAGCUAGUGGGCAACAUAACCAUUCUUUGUGGAGAGGAUGGUCACUGGCUUGGACGAAAGCCUUCUUGCCACCCUAUUGAGUGCUCCAAGCCCAAGGAGAUCCAGAAUGGCCACUAUUCCUAUGCGGACCUACACUACAGGCAAACAGUUACCUACUCCUGUGACAGAGGAUUCCAGCUUGAAGGCCAGAGUGCUCUGAGUUGCCUGGAAACAAGGGAGUGGAGUGCAGACGCUCCGUCUUGCAGAGCUAUCAGCUGUGACCCUCCACAGCCGAUAGAGAAUGGUUUUGUGGAAGGGGCCGAUUACAGCUAUGGUGCCAUGGUGAUUUACAGCUGUAUUCCGGGAUUCCAGCUCUCUGGCCUUGCUAUGCAGACCUGUGAGGAAUCCGGGUGGUCUAGUGUUAGUCCAGUGUGCCUUCCAACAGACUGUGGCCUUCCUCCCCAUAUAGACUUCGGGGGAUAUGUAACAAUUAGCAGUGAAGAAAAACAUUUUGUCCAAGAAGGAAUGCUAGAAGAGGGAUUCCACACGGCCAGCCCAUCUCUUUUCUCUCUCACAGGUGGUAACCAGAAAGAUACACAAAGUUCUUCAAAGACCAUUAAUACUUUGCCAUUGUCGGGCUACCUAUAUGGGACAACAAUUUCAUAUACUUGCUACCCUGGCUAUGAACUCUUAGGAAAUUCUUUUCUAGCUUGCCAAGAGGAUGGCAUGUGGAAUGGUAGUGCUCCGGUCUGUAUUUCUGUUCAGUGUGAAUUAGUACUGGCUCCAGAAAACGGUUUUGUCCAUUUUACAGAGAAUACCCUUGGUAGUACAGUUAAGUAUACCUGUAAGCCAGGAUAUGCGCUGAUUGGCUUGGAGACAAGGCACUGUUUAUCCAGCAGGCAGUGGAGUGAUGUAGCACCAACCUGUGAGGUCAUCUCAUGUGCGGUGCCUCACAGGCCCUUGAAUGGCACAGUAAAAGGGGAAACAUACACUUACGGGAGCACAGUCCAGUAUGAUUGUUAUCCUGGGUUUCAGUUAAAUGGUCCCGAUAGGAGAACAUGCCAGGCUGAUCAACAAUGGGAUGGGAAUGAGCCCAUCUGCAUUCCCGUUUCCUGUGGCCAAGUCCCCAAAUUAGAGAAUGGCCAGGUGACUGGAGAGGAAUACACCUUCCAGAAAACUGUUGAGUACAGCUGCAGUGAAGGCUUUGUGCUGGAUGGAUACCAGAAGAGAGUCUGCCUGGCGGAUGGAAGCUGGAGUGGGGGCCCUCCUGUGUGCAGAACAGUCCAGUGUACCAUCCCACAGACGCUUCCCCAUGGGAAAUUCAGUGGCUCAGAAUUUGGUUAUGGGCAGCGGAUUGAGUAUCAUUGCGAUGAAGGCUAUAUAUUGCAUGGUGCAUCUUUACGAAUCUGUCAGGCUUCCGGUACCUGGGAUAAAGAGGCUCCGUUCUGUGAGCCCGUAAACUGUGGGCCUCCUGAGGACAUUGCUCAUGGAUUCUUGAAUGGUUCAGUCUUCAGAUAUGGGGAAUAUAUUGAGUACAUCUGCUUUCCUGGUUAUGAGUUACAGGGAAAUCCAGUGAGGCAGUGUACGUCAAACGGAUCUUGGAGUGGACAGCCCGCUUCUUGCCUCCCUUGUGAAUGUUCCAUACCAACAAUACAGAAUGGAGUAAUCAAAGGCGACAAUUUUGGCUGUGGUAAGACAGUAGAAUUUCAGUGCUUAGAAGGUUUCAGACUGCUGGGUUCUUCAAAAAUCACAUGCGAAGCCGCCGGCAGAUGGAGCUCUGGCUUUCCCCACUGUGGACUGAUUUCAUGUGGCCCUCCACCCACCAUUCCUAAUGCAUUCAUUAAUGGUAGCAGCUCUGUGGAUCACAAUACCAUAAUUUAUAACUGUGAGAUGGGCUAUGUGAUGCAAGGGAGCUCGGAAUUGACAUGCACAGAAGCAGGAGUCUGGAGGGAGCCAUAUCCAAGCUGCAUUUUACUGACCUGCGGGCCACCACCUCCCGUGCCUCAUGCAGUUGCUUUUGGACAGUCACAGGCCUAUGGGAGUAAAGUCCAGUACAGGUGUCUGGAGGGUUACGUAAUGGAAACAGAAAUGGAUACAUGCACUUGUCAGGAAGAUGGACACUGGUCCCCUAAUAGUAUUUCUUGUUGCCCCAGAAAAUGCUCCCUGCCAACAAAUAUAACCAAUAUAAUUAUUUCUGGCACUGAAUUCACUGUGAAUACGACCAUUGUCUUAUCAUGCGCAGAAGGCUAUCAUUUGAUUGGGACAAGCACUUCCACAUGCCAGAAUAAUGGUAAAUGGUUGCCAUUGUUUUCGAACGAUAUUUGUGCACCAGAGUCUUGUGGAAAUCCUCAAGCUCCAAACCAUGGAACUGUGGUUGGCAACACAUACAGUUACAAAGACACCAUUCUUUAUAAGUGUGACUCUGGUUAUGAGUUGAAAGGUGAUGCAGAACGCAUCUGUCAAGCAGAUAAACAAUGGAGUGGAGCAUCACCCGUGUGCAAAAAAGUAUCUUGUGGGGUCCCUGAACCAAUAGACAAUGGAUCCAUUACUGGCAAAGAUUACUUGUUUGGAGAUGAAGUUUUUUACACUUGUCAUCCGGGAUUUGAGCUACAAGGGCCAACACGAAGAAUAUGCCAUGUUAACAAGAAGUGGAGUCCCUCAGCCCCAACAUGUGUGAGCAUAAGAUGUGAACCUCCUCCAAUGAUAGAAAAUGCAGUGUCUAUAGGCAUAGAAAAUACAUACAGUAGUAACAUAUCCUUUAUAUGUAAUUUUGGCUAUCACCUACUUGGACCUGAGAAUAUCACCUGCUUGGCCAAUGGAUCCUGGAGCAAACCCCUUCCAUCCUGUGAAGAAACCAGAUGUGAAGAGCUGGAAUUUAUUGAGAAUGGGAAUGCUGUCUAUGAAAACAGCACGGUUGGCAGCAGAGUCGCCUAUUAUUGCAACCGAGGGUACAGCUUGGAGGGGGAGCCUAUUGCUGAGUGCACAGAAGCUGGAACUUGGAGCCACCCAUCCCCUCUGUGCAAACCGAAUCCAUGUCCUGUGCCUUUUAUAAUCCCAGAAAAUGCCCUCCUAUCAGAGACAAGUUUUUAUGUUGGACAAAAAGUAUUCAUCAAGUGCAGAGAGGGGUACCAACUUCGGGGGCAGUCUGUCAUUACCUGCAAUCCUGAUGAGGCAUGGACUCCAACUCAGGCUAAAUGUGAAAAGAUCUCCUGUGGGCCACCUGCUCAUGUCGAAAACACUUUGGUCCGUGGAACGUUUUAUCAAUAUGGAGAUGUCGUGACCUACUCGUGCUACAGUGGGUACAUGCUGGAAGGCUCCCUGAGAAGCGUCUGUUUAGAGAAUGGAACCUGGACAACACCACCUGCAUGCAAAGCUGUUUGUCGGUUCCCUUGCCAGAAUGGGGGUGUCUGUGAGCGGCCAAAUGCAUGCUCUUGCCCAGAAGGCUGGAUGGGGCGUCUGUGUGAAGAGCCAAUCUGCAUCCUGCAUUGUCUGAAUGGCGGUCGCUGUGUGGCUCCUUACCAGUGUGAGUGCCCAGCCGGAUGGGCUGGAUCACGAUGCCACCAAGCUGUCUGUCAGUCUCCAUGCUUAAAUGGUGGGAAAUGUAUACGACCCAAUCGGUGCCAUUGCACGUCGCCAUGGACUGGGCAUGACUGCUCUAGGAAAAGGAAAACUGGAUUUCACCACUUUUAACUUCAGAGCAACCACUAUGAACAUUCGUAUCCUAAAAUCAAAUCCAGUGGGUUUUUAAAACAGAAACUGUGUUUGCAUUUUAAAAUGUUUUUUAUUUUGUAUUAUAUUUUAUUAUACUUUUUUAUUUUGAAAGGAACCACCUUUAUUUUUUUCACAUGCAGAAGUAUAUCAUUUUUGCUGAAUAUGCUGCUGUCAAUACACACAAAGGUACACUGAAAGAGAACCACCUGCUUCUUUUUUUAAUGAUGUAAAUUCCUGAGCAUAAGUUGUUCUCCAUGGCAAUCAAAGAAGAUCUUGUGGUUUUCGGACCAAAUUUAAUCUGAUGGUGGCAAAUGCACAUUUCUUUCACCUGUGCAUCCCAUUCACCUAGAAAGGUAGUAAACGGAGUACAUGAGAGAAGGGUGCAGAAUCUGCGCCACCCCUGGCACUUACCCCUUUUAAAGCCUGUGGAUGCAGUCCUUUUUCUCCAUUCCUGGAUCUGAUACUUGAACCAAACCAGAAAUAGCGAAAAAUGGCUGGAUCAGUGAAAAGAUAGAAGGUAAGGCACAAGAGAAGAGAGUUUGAAGCCUCUCUCCCACCAGCUUCUUUUACUUUUGAAAUAAAUUCCUCCUCCGAGAUUUUAUACAUGAGCAAGACAGACAGGAACAAUGGCCUGGAUAGAUUUCAGUUUAUAUAAAGCUACGAGUACCUUCUGCAAACAACCUAGCAUUAUUUCAAUAGUUGUGGAGAGGAUAACUAUUUAAUUGCUGUACUUACUGUAAGUCUGACAAAACAGUUAAACCGAUCGGCUAGGAUCUAAACAUCUGAUUUAGGUAUGGUCGAUAGCUUGCAGGUGCUCAAUGGGGUAUCUUGUGUUCUCUCUCUCUCUUAAUUGUACAGCACCCCCCCCAUUGAAUAACAGCAGUACACAAACCCAAAUACACUUCUCCAUGUAGCAUGUACCAUUUAAAAGACAAUAAUACCCAGUGGCAUUCCUGUGUGAACACCACAGGCUACACCCACAGAUGGGAGGAUUGUCCGGGCAGGAGGAUGGAUGGACAGCAAAGGAUCCCUGUGUGGGCAGUGGCACACCGUGAGUGGGAGGAUGGGGCUAGGAGUCUAAAGCAUCUCUAAAGUGCUUUUGGUAUAUUUUACUCAGAUCUCUUUUUUCCUAGGAAAGCUACACGUAGUCAUUUUACUGCAGGUGUAUCGCUUACUUUAAAAGCACAUGUACACAGUGUUGAUUUGUUGUUUGGUGGCUAUUGAGCAUAAACUGAAACGAGUAAAACAGCCAUUGCCUUUUUCAUGAAAACAAGUGGAAAUUAAGCUUAUUUGACUAUUAAGUAUUUUGUUUGUUUGCUUGUUUAGAGUCCAUUCCCAUGCCCAAGUGAAACUGACAGUCUCCAAUAUUCAGUCGAAACUGGUAGCCAGUUGUCUUGGAGCAAAAAUACUGUACCAUUUGGAUACGAUCGUGUGGCCACUAAAUGCUAAGUAGAUGGGCAUAGGCUAGAUCAGGGUGCCAGCUCCAACCUUGGAAAUGUGUUGCAAGGUCAGAACCGGGACUUGGACUAUGGCGUAUGCUCCCACUGCCCUUGCAGCCAGCAGGUCUUUCUGUGCUGGCCAUGGCACCAGAGUCACAAGCGUAGGGGUUCGAACAGGGGCAAAAGAUAAAGACCGCUUAUUAUCUCUUACUUAGCACCUACAUCUUUGCAAGUGCAGAAGCACAGAGACAGUCUUUCUCUCCCCACACCUCCUGCCCAAGACUAAUCCUUUGAGUUAGGGGGUUAUUGGAUGGCAUCCCACAUUGUUUUUUUCCCCCAAACUGAUACUGCUAACUAUAUUAUUUCUGAAAGAGUACGCAUUGCUUGUCUCAGAUCAGAAUAUCUUAGCAGCCAGCAGCCCCAGUGAUCCAAAACAAUAAAAAUGAACUAUGGUUCAAUACUGUGAUCACCAGAGAUCUCAACCACAAUGCUUCAGUCACUGCCAGAAUGAGAAGGUGGCUAGGAAUAAGGGGGAGAGUUUAUGCACUGUGCAAUCCUGUGCACAGUAUUCAUGAAUGUACUUAGAAUCAUAGAAUAGUAGAAUUGGAAGGGACCUAUAAGGCUACUGAGUCCAACCCUCUUCUCAGUGCAGGACUCCAAGUGAAAGCAUCCCUGACAGAUCUCUGUCCAACUGCAUCUUGAAUUUCUCCAAUGUGGAGAGCCCACCACCUCCCUAGGCAAUUGAUUCCAUUGCUCUACUGCUCUAACAGUGAGGAAGUUUUUCCCGAUAUCCAGCUGGAACUAGUUUCCUGCAACUGGAGCCCCUUAUUCUGUGUCCUGCACUCUGGGAUGAUUGAGAAGAAAGAGAUCCUGGACUUUCAGGUUUUGUCUACUACUUUCCAGUCUUGGAAAUGGGUGUUUCUAUACUGGCUGCUUUCUCCCUACUUAAUUCUGGACAUUCCAGACCACACCACUCUCAGAUUACUACAUUCUGGAAUCCUGCUUUUUCUUCACAGUCCUGCCACCCUGCCUGCCCGCUCCCCACACUCAUUUGUGGCAUUUUUAUUUGUUACUUCAAACAGGGUUGCUGCACACACCUUUCCUAUAGCAUGGCAUUCCUAAAUUGCAUUCCUUGCAGGAGGGCUCUUUGAUCCAUAUGAUGAUGUAGUUGGUGACAAUAUUAUUUUCCACACUUCUCUGCUCCUCCCACCACUAAGAUUUGAAGAAGUGCAAUAGCACAAUGCAGCAAUUAUUUUUAUUAUGAGUGCAUUAAAUCCCAUUUGCUCUUAAGUAAAAGACCUCACAGUGGUGAUCAACUGCUACAGGUUCUUGUUAGCUUUGGAAAUGCAUGUAUAAAAACAGCGUCUGCCUCCUAGACUUUGAUGGCUUUUAGGAGGUUUGUACUGGAGUUGUACAGAAUCCAUAUUUAACUUUAUCAGGUUGAGAGUCUGCUUUGCAUCUUUACAAAAUAAAAAAAGUUGUUCUACACAGUUGAGUUUUCACAGACGACUUUACAGCUAGGACAAAACUAGGGAGUGUAUUACUUUUCUAUAAUAGACUUGAUGUACUCACCAGAACUGUGCCACCCACUGUAGUAUUUGUAGCAUGGAAAGGAGUCCCAGAGUGUUAGUAGGUAAAAUAGUUGAUUGUGGGGAACCACAAAUACAAUUCCAGUUCCAGCCGACUGUGGAAGAAUAGUAGCUAGGUAAUGCUAAAAAUCCGCUCCAUGGAAACAUCACUGUCUGAUAGUCGGUAAACUUCAUUACAAAAGAGAAGUCAAGAACUGCAAUCCAUAUAAUCUCACUGUUUAUUUAUCCAUGAUCCUCUUUGUACACGUUCAGGUUCUCCCUCUCUCUCGCAUGCAUGUGUUACGAUUUUUUAGAUAUAUAUUGCUGUUCCUGCAAGGGGUUUAGAUAUUUAGAAGGCACAGCAAACAUUUUAACCCUUUACCUGGAAAUUUCAAAAAUUGAGAGGAAAGUUAGUAAGAAGAAAGGAUGGAAAAGGGCUUCUAAGAUAAGGUUGCUACUUUCCAUUUUUAAGCAGAAAGCAAAACUAAUGUUACCCUCACCCCUCUGAGAGAGUGCAGUUUGUCCCUAAUGACAAGCUAGUAAAUUAGCCAGACAAUACAUUGUCUCUCAAGCCCACUAAAGUUAGUUUCUUGCAACUUUAUUUUUUCUGCUUCUGUUAUUUUGUCGGCAGGCAACAAUCACUGUAACAUAACACACACAGAAACUGAAAUGCACACUACAUAAUUCAUGUUAUGCUGGACAUAAACCAGGAGCAUUCGCAACAAUUAGCUUCUCUUCCUUAGUAACCAAAGAAGUGGCUUGAAGAAGGCUAACAGUUCUACACAUCUUUACAGUGUGAUAAAGCCCAUAAAGGCUAUAGUGAGCUUGCUUAGAAGUAAGUCCUGCUGAGGUCAGUGAGGCUUGUGCAUAACAGCCUUUCUCAGACUGGCACCCUCCUAUAUUUUGGACGACUGUACCCAUCAUCCCAAAAGCUGGAGUCAGGAGAGGUGUAAGUUGUAGUUCAAAACACCUAGAGGGCACUUGGUUGGGGAAGGCUGAUGUAUACGCUUUCAACCUUAAGAAAUCUUCAUACAAUUAGAAAAAGGAAUGAAAACUAACUAUCAUUGUGCAUCUUGAUUCUUUGGAAAACUCACCGAUUUCCCACUGCAUUCAUGCAUAUAAUCCUUAGAACAUCCUGCAUCUUACCUUCCUCCAAGAUGGCUGCAUUUUGAGCCUAACACUUUUGUUCUGAGAGGCAGGGAAAUGUUGGACAGGGACAGUGAAGCCAGAUGGCCUGUUUUGAGCACUACCAGGUCGUGCACUUUCCAGUUGACGUGGGUGAAUAGACAAGGCUGAGAAGCUGAACCAGAAAGAGCCCUUAAGCACUGUUGGCUAGAUGUGCAAUGCCUAGAGGUAAACGGCUGGAUGAUAAAAUUAGAUUGCUGUUUGAAGUAUGAAAUCCUCAUAGGAAUCAUCACUUUUUAAAAUUAACUUUUAAAUGCAAAUAAUGUACUGUCAUUUAUGUCACUGCUUGUCAUGUGUUUUAAGAACUUCUGUCUGAUGCACUUUACAUUGUAAAUAAAGUUGCACCCCAUUUAGUA